AUGGAAUAUAAGGAAAAGCCAGAGGGGCCAUUUAUAGUAUCCUUUUACAUCACAAACUUUACAUCAUCUGAUGAUUCAUUUGGAUACACAAUUAAAUUAACAGAUUUUUAUAACAACUCUUAUGAGUCAAAUAUAAUAACUAAAAAUGAUUUAAGAAACAUAAAUUUUUCCAGUAACUAUAUUGAAAUAGAUGAAAAUAAUGCAAUAAAUGAUGUUGUUGAAAAAUCCAUAAAUCUUGAUAUUUUUGUAAAUAAUAAUGAUAAUCUUAUAUGUAUUGGACAAGAAAAUAUAAAACUUUUCCCUUUUUUACAUGACCAAUUAACAAUAACAAAAGAUGUAAUCAUAUCUUAUAAAUAUCACGAAAAAUCAUUGGGUCAAAUUUCUCAAUAUAAUGAAGAAAAUAAAAAUAGUGAAAAAGAAGAUGAUAUACAAGAUGAGGAAAGAAAAAAAAAAAAAAAAAAAAAAAAAAAUAGUUCAAAAAAUAAAAUCACAAAACAAGAUCAAUUAUUAACACAGAACAUUGAUGCAAGGUUUUGUAUAACCUUAAAUAUAAAUACAUUGAUUGGAGAAUAUGCAGGCCGAUUGAAUCACAACAUCAUGAGCAUGCAUGUCGAGGGUGUAUUCAAUGUUCACAAUUUAGAAGAAAAAUUUUCGAAAAAAAAUUCUUUUUCUUUUCAAAUAGUAUUUUUGGAUUUAUGCUUAAAUGAUGGAAAACUUGUAAAAGAUGAAGAAUCAGAUCAAUAUAAAAUUAUUUGGAACCAAAAUAAUAUAUACAAAUAUAGAAAUAUAAAGGAAACAGAAUAUAUAUAUAACUUCUUAUUAUAUGAAACUUUUCAUAUUAAUGCAUAUUUACUUUGUUUUAAUGAUGGAAAACGUCGAAAUGCAAGCAGCACUUCAGCAUCUGUAGUUGAAGAUUUGAGUGGGAAAUUUGAAGUUAAUGUCACAGAUUUAAUAUCAAACAAAGUGAUAAACACAAAAUAUAAAUUACAAUUCUUGGAAAAUAGUAAAAAAACCAAAGAUGAAGACGAAAAGAAAAAUGAUAAACCAUUUAUUUUUGCCAAUUCUUACUUAUUAUUAACAAUACAAUUUUAUAAGCCUUUUCUGAAACGGAAAUUAAUUGAAACUCCCUUAAAUCUAGACUGUUUUAAAAAUUUAACAAUUAAAAAUGAAAAAGACGUGGUUGAUAAAAAAAAUGAAAAUAUCAGUGAUCUGUUUAACAAUUAUAUUUUGAAUGGAAUCGAAUUGAUAAAUACAGAAAUAGACAAGCUUGGAAAAAAUGAACAUAUAAAACUUUAUCAAAUGUCAAAAGAAUAUUUUAAUUUUUUAAAUAAUUUGAAAGAAAAUGAAAAAUAUAUUAAUUUAUACAACAACAUUAAACAUAUCAUGAUACAAAUAAUGUACGAAUUAAUAAAUAAAAAUAUUUACAAAAAUUUUAAUUUAAACGAUUAUACAAGUUUUAAAGAAGAACAACUAGAAGAAAGUAUGACUGCAAAUAAAGAAAAAAAAUAUAUAAUCCAAGAAAAAGUUCAAGAUAGCGAUCAUGAAAAUAAUAGUAUUGAUUGUAAAAGUUAUAUACUUGAUGAGAACACAAAUUAUAUAUAUACACAACUAUUUAAUAUAAUGUCUGAAUCAUGUAAUGUUAUUAUAAAUAACUAUUUUGAAAAAAGGGAAGACAUUAAUAAUAGUUCUAUAAAAGAAAUAAAAAAUAAAAAUAAUAUAAAAGAUAUAGAAAAAUAUUUAUUUGCAAUAUUUUGUGAAAAUGAAUUUUUAUUAAAAAAUAAAAAAAAUGAAAAAUUUGCUGAAGCUAUAUUAAUUAUACUUUUUAAAAAAAUAUACUCAUUUUAUGAUUAUAAAAAAAAUGAUAUGGAAAUUUUGGAAAACCAUAAAUAUAAUCAUAUUAUUAAUAUUAUCGAAAACAUUUCAGGAGAGGAUUUAAAUGGAAUAAACAAAUCUCCUCAAAGUAUAGACCAGUCAUAUAUUUAUAAUAAAAUUGAAGAGAAAGAAAAAAAAACAUAUUUCUCUAAUAAUACUAAUGAUAUAAAAGGAUUAAUAUUAUCAAUAUAUACCAAAAAUAAAAGUAAAAAUAAUUCUAAUUCAUAUUUAAUUGACUAUAUUGAAAAUUAUGAACAUGUUCAAAAAAAUAAUGACCAAGACAUACACACAAAAGGAGAAAGUAAAAAAUACGAAAACAAUGGAAAGCAUGAAGAUAUAAUAUCAAUCUUUAACUUGAAACAAAAUAAAGAAAUAACAAAUUUAUUCACAUAUAUAAUAUAUAAAUAUUCAAAAAUUUUACUAAUAACAAAUAAUAUAAAUCAAUUUGGUAAGCAAAAUAAUGAACAAGAACAACAAAUCAAUUAUACAGAAUAUUGUAUACAAAAUGAAAGAAACACAUUUAUUACUCCAAAUUGUGCUUCAAAUAAUUUGGAAUAUAACGAUUGUUUUGAAUAUCAUUCCAAUUAUGAUUCAUACCAAAAGUACAUUCAACCUCAAAAAAUUCAGUCAGCCAUUUUGUCCCUCUCCACCUAUAUACAGCUCACCAAUUUUGAAAAUAUAGAAAGCAUUUUGAUGCUAAGUCUACUAUAUCUAAAUACACACAAAUAUGACGAAUCAAUACAGAUCGCAAAUUAUCUUAUAGAAAUUCUUAAAAAAAAUAAAUCAGAAGAUAAAACUAAAGAUGAAAUGGAUAUGAAAAGUCUAUAUUUGCAUAGCUCAUUUAACUAUAACGAAAUAUGUAUGAGUAAAGAAAUAUGCAUAUAUAUAAAAGCACUUUGCUAUUUUUUCCAGCAUAAUUAUAUUUAUUUUUAUAUUAACAUGAAUAUAAUUUUAAACACGAAUGAAAAUGUAAUUCAAAAAGAAAUUGAAAAAAACUCCAACUUUUUUAAGAAUGAGAACCUCAAAAAAACAAGCAAUGCAUAUGUGUACGAUAAUAGCAACGAUCUAAAUGAACUGAACGAAAUAAAUUUACAAAAAGAUGAAAAAACCGAUAAAAAAAGUAUUAAGAAGAAAAAAAAUGGAGAUAAAGACGAUUGUAAUAUGGAAAAGAAAAAAACAAAUGGAAAUGAUAAGGACCAAACAGAUGAUACAUUCAAAAGGUUAGAACAAGACAAUGAAAAUGUUGACAAUAAAAAUGAGUACAAUUCCAAAAAUAGUCUAAGAGCAUUGAACGAUAUUGAAAAGGAAAACGAAAAAAAAUUAUCAAAAAAAAAGGAAGAAAAUUUAUCAGUUGUUAAAAAAAUAACUACAAUAAAUUGUUCUGAAGUUAAUAUAAAUGAUAUACCAUUGAAAGAUAAGUUUAUGAUUUUAUUUCUUAUAUAUUGCUUAAAAUUUAACAUUUUAAAUAUUGUGAUGUAUAUAUAUGAAAAUAAUAAAUUUUUUUUAACUAAUGCAACAUUGAAGACAUCUUUGUAUAGACAAUUAAUUAUUAGAUUGUUUUUUUCUCUAAAAGAUUUUACAAAAUGUAUUAAAAUUAUCGAUGAAACAAAAGAAUAUAAUAACAAUUUAGACAUUUUGUAUAUUUAUGCAGAAUCACUAUACAAGUUAAAAGACUAUAAAAAGUCGAUUACAUAUUUAAAGGAGUAUUUAGAUUUAUGUGCUUAUGACAACAUACGGGCAAAAAUAUAUAUACAAUUAAGCAAAUUAUAUAUUUGUUUAAAUCAAUAUGAAGAUUCUAAAAGCAUGAUUAAAAACUCUUUGCAAAUAAAUAAAACAAGUUAUGCAUAUUUAUAUUUUUCUUAUUAUUAUUUCAAAAAAAAAAAAUAUAUAUAUGCAUACAAGUUAUUAUAUAAAUCCAAUGAAAUCAAUAUUUUUAAUCAUAAAAUAUGGGCAUCUCUAUCUAUUAUAUUAUUGCAUUUAAAUAUGAAGAAUGAAGCGGAUAAAUGCUUAAAUAAUUUCAUUAAAAUGAAAAAGUAUAAAAAAGAAACAAUCAUGGAAAUAAUUGAAGCAUACAAAGAACUUGGUUAUGAAACAAGUGAAAAACAAUUAUUAAAUUUUUUGUCUCAACAAAUAAAUGAAAAUUGUAGAGAGUAA